GUAGUUUUUAUCUCCACCAACCCCCAUCCAAAAUCCCAAAUCCCACCACUAAAAAUAUUUUUUUUAGUGAGAGAAAUUUUUUUUUGGGGUUGAGAGAGAGAGUUCUGAGAAAAAAUGGCGAUGGCAAUGGCACUUCGAAGGCUCUCAUCUUCUUCAAUCAACAAACCUAUCCGUCCUCUCGUCAAUGCUGAUUCUUACUACUGCAUGUCAUCUCUACCAAGUGAAGCUGUUGAUGAUUCUAAGGAUAAAUCUCGUGUUCAAUGGCCAAAGCAAUUGAAUGCACCAUUAGCAGAAGUGGAUCCAGAGAUUGCUGACAUUAUCGAGCUUGAGAAAGCUAGACAAUGGAAGGGUCUGGAAUUGAUUCCUUCAGAGAAUUUCACAUCUGUGUCGGUCAUGGAAGCUGUUGGUUCUAUCAUGACCAACAAAUACAGUGAAGGUUAUCCUGGUGCUAGAUACUACGGAGGAAACGAGUACAUUGAUAUGGCAGAAACCUUGUGCCAGAAACGUGCCUUGGAGGCCUUCCGUUUGGAUCCUGCUAAAUGGGGAGUUAACGUGCAAUCUUUGUCUGGGUCCCCUGCCAAUUUCCAAGUCUACACUGCGCUAUUGAAGCCCCACGAGAGAAUUAUGGCACUUGACCUUCCACAUGGUGGGCAUCUUUCUCAUGGGUAUCAGACCGACACCAAAAAGAUAUCCGCUGUAUCCAUAUUUUUUGAGACAAUGCCAUACCGAUUGGAUGAGAGUACUGGUUACAUUGAUUACGAUCAGUUGGAGAAGAGCGCUACACUCUUCAGGCCGAAACUGAUAGUUGCUGGUGCAAGUGCUUAUUCACGCUUCUACGAUUAUGCGCGCAUUCGCCAGGUGUGCGACAAGCAAAAAGCUAUAUUGUUAGCAGAUAUGGCUCACAUCAGCGGGCUUGUUGCUGCUGAUGUCAUCCCAUCUCCAUUUGAAUAUGCGGAUGUGGUGACCACUACAACACAUAAAUCCCUUCGUGGACCACGUGGGGCGAUGAUUUUUUACAGAAAGGGAUUGAAGGAAGUCAACAAACAAGGCAAAGAGGUCAUGUAUGAUUAUGAGGACAAAAUUAAUCAAGCUGUCUUUCCUGGGCUUCAAGGAGGUCCACACAAUCACACAAUUACUGGAUUAGCAGUUGCACUGAAACAGGCAACUACCCCAGAAUACAAGGCUUAUCAAGAACAAGUUCUCAAAAAUUGCUCACAGUUUGCCAAAACCUUGAACGCAUUGGGAUAUGACCUUGUUUCCGGUGGUACUGAGAACCAUCUAGUCUUGGUCAAUUUGAAAAACAAGGGUAUUGAUGGCUCAAGAGUUGAGAAAGUAAUGGAAUUGGUUCAUAUUGCUGCUAACAAGAACACUGUUCCCGGGGAUGUGUCUGCCAUGGUUCCUGGAGGCAUUCGAAUGGGAACACCUGCUCUCACUUCAAGGGGAUUCCUUGAGGAAGAUUUCGCUAAAGUAGCGGAGUUCUUUGAUGCUGCUGUGAAUUUGGCCUUGAAAGCCAAAGCUGAAUGCAAAAAAGGUGCAAAAUUGAAGGACUUUAUGGCCGCAGUUGAAAACAGUGCUAGCAUUCAGUCUGAAAUUAAACAGCUCCGUCAUGACGUUGAGGAAUACGCAAAACAAUUCCCUACAAUCGGGUUCUGCAAAACAACAAUGAAAUACAAGCAAUAAACUCCACUAUCAUAAGUAGGCGUAUAUGCUUUGGUAGUGCAGUGGAGUAUCUACAAAGGCGAAUGAGAUAAACACGGGGAGGGAGUAAACUGCCUUUUAAUGUAGGGAAUAUAUGAAUGCUUUCAAUCAGUGAAUGGGAGAUAUUGUUGACAUUACAGGUUCUAAGCAUGAAGAAAGUACCACUUGGUUUAAAUUUCAUCCUUCAUUCAAGAACUGAAUCAUAUGUAUAUUAUAUUAAACUUGAUCAAUUAGAAUGCAACAAUAUAAAGCUUGUCCCAAAAUUUAGGAGGAAAAACAAAAACCAAUUGGUAAGAUUGGUGUUACCU